AUGGAACAAACCCGCCCGCUUAGAGAGCGCUGAGAACCCCAAGGGUCCCUCGCAGCCCUUAGCAGCCAACAUGACUUGACUGCUCUCGGGUCCCGCGCGCUACCCACUCUCUCCUGACGCCCCCACCCUUUCCGGGUGCGCGCGCAAGAGCGGGCCAGCUUCCCUUGGCUGUGCGCUCCGCAGCCUGCGGGUGGCAGCGGCGGUGGCGACUGUCUCUCGGGGAAGAGGGUGACCAAGGGACCGCGGAGGAGGAGUCGGCGCCGCAGCCGCUCCCCUCGGGACCGCGCCCCGCCUUCCGUCACCACCUGAGCAUCCCCCUUCUGUCUCCCCAGCUGCUUCGGUCUAUCCCACCAUCCCCCUGGGAGACAGUGUGUACUCUCAGUGCUGCAGCAGUGGUGUCAUUGCGUCCAGAGAUCUGGACACUCGGAUCUUGGUUCCCCUGAGGGCUUGGGACGAGCGGCACGGGCCGUGGUGACAGGCGGCGGAGGCACCAGCGCGCAUCUCUCCCCCGCGACGUUUAGAGAAGCGUGUAGAAAACUGGUGUGACUUUGGAGGUCCGACUCUUCCUUCCGGCCAGCCUCGCGACGCGCCACCUCCUGAGACAGGCCAGUGUGUCCGGCAGGCCCGGAGGCUCGUGUGGGGACUUGGAACGUGUUCGGUAACCCGUGGCGCUGUGCGCACUGGUGAGUUUUGCGGGCGGGGUGGGGGCGGAGAGGACGCAGCGCUGGGUUCCUGCUCCCGCCCCUUUCCUGCUGCCUCCCCCCCCCCCCCCCCCACUUUGAGAGAGUCAUUGAGAUUUGAGCGUGACUGCGGAGCCUGGAGGAUGCGGGCAACGGGAGCGGGCUUUUCCUCCUCCCGGAGUGAUGGAGAGGGCCGGUGAGCUGAACAAAGACACCCGCCCGGAGGAGCAGGUCCUCUGCUGAAGAACGCUGUCCUAGCCCCGCGACGGGCGCCUGCGAGAGUGUCAGCAGUGCAACUCCAGGAGUGGCGCGCUCUUCAGCCGGCGGGCGCAGAGCUGGAGCAAGGCACCUGCGCGCCACUCCCGCCACGUCUCUGGAGCAUUCCGACCAUCUUCGGGUUGUUCCUGAAGGUCCACGUCUCCGGAGGUCCAAAGUCCAAAGGCGACUUGUUCUGGGUGCAGCGGGGAGAGACCCCGGGACCUUUAUCUUUUGCUGCCUCUUAGAAGUGAUUGCGUGCCGUGGACGAAGCAGGCAUUUCAGGGACACUUUUGCAAACCAGGGGCUUUCCAUGUGAGUGAUCACGCUUGGUCCCCAACAGCUGUGUCUUCCCAGUGGUCUCUGUCGCCUGAGCAUCGGCGUUUUGUAGCCGGCAACAGCUGGGAUUCCCCCAACCCACUCCUGGCCAUUGUCAGGUGUGAAGGGUCUGCACGGUCUUAGACUGCCCUGCGCCUCGCAGGUGAGGCUGGUAGAGGCGUGGGUCCAGGGAAAGGACCAGCCGUGUUGUUUGAUGGCUUCACUGAGAAGAGUCAAAGUGUUGUUGGUGUUGAACUUGAUAGCGGUGGCCGGCUUUGUGAUCUUCUUGGCUAAGUGCCGGCCUAUCGCGGUGCGCAGCGGAGACGCCUUCCAUGAGAUCCGGCCUCGCGCAGAGGUGGCUAACCUCAGUGCGCACAGCGCAAGCCCCAUCCAGGAUGCGGUCCUGAAGCGCCUGUCGCUGCUGGAGGACAUCGUCUACCGGCAGCUUAAUGGGUUAUCCAAAUCACUGGGACUCAUCGAAGGGUAUGGUGGGCGGGGCAAAGGAGGCCUUCCUGCUACCCUUUCCCCCUCGGAAGAAGAAAAAGCCAAAGGGCCUCAUGAGAAGUACGGCUACAAUUCCUACCUCAGCGAAAAGAUCUCCUUGGAUCGAUCUAUUCCAGAUUAUCGUCCAACUAAGUGCAAGGAACUCAAAUACUCCAAGGAGUUGCCCCAGAUAUCCAUCAUCUUCAUCUUCGUGAAUGAGGCCCUGUCUGUGAUCCUGCGGUCAGUCCACAGUGCUGUCAAUCACACACCCACACACCUGCUGAAAGAGAUCAUCCUGGUGGAUGACAACAGCGACGAAGAGGAGCUGAAGGCCCCCUUGGAAGAGUAUGUCCACAAACGCUACCCUGGGCUGGUGAAGGUGGUACGCAAUCAAAAGAGAGAAGGCCUCAUCCGAGCACGCAUCGAGGGCUGGAAGGUGGCCACUGGACAGGUCACUGGCUUUUUCGAUGCCCAUGUGGAAUUCACUGCUGGCUGGGCCGAGCCUGUCCUGUCCCGCAUCCAGGAAAACCGGAAGCGGGUCAUCCUCCCCUCCAUCGACAACAUCAAGCAGGACAACUUCGAAGUGCAGCGCUACGAGAACUCCGCCCACGGGUACAGCUGGGAGCUGUGGUGCAUGUACAUCAGCCCCCCGAAAGACUGGUGGGACGCCGGUGACCCCUCUCUCCCCAUCAGAACACCAGCCAUGAUUGGCUGCUCAUUCGUGGUCAACAGGAAAUUCUUUGGUGAAAUCGGUCUGCUGGACCCUGGGAUGGAUGUGUAUGGAGGAGAGAAUAUUGAACUUGGAAUCAAGGUGUGGCUCUGUGGCGGCAGCAUGGAGGUCCUUCCGUGCUCGCGGGUGGCUCACAUCGAGCGGAAGAAGAAACCCUAUAACAGCAACAUCGGCUUCUACACCAAGAGGAACGCGCUCCGGGUAGCCGAGGUCUGGAUGGACGAUUACAAGUCUCAUGUGUACAUAGCGUGGAAUCUGCCUCUGGAGAAUCCAGGGAUCGAUAUAGGUGACGUCUCAGAAAGAAAAGCAUUAAGGAAGAGUUUAAAGUGUAAGAAUUUCCAGUGGUACUUGGACCACGUCUACCCGGAAAUGAGAAGAUACAAUAAUACUAUUGCUUAUGGGGAGCUCCGUAACAAUAAGGCCAAGGAUGUCUGCCUGGAUCAGGGGCCACUGGAAAACCACACAGCAAUCCUGUACCCAUGCCAUGGCUGGGGACCACAGCUCGCUCGCUACACCAAGGAAGGCUUCCUGCACUUGGGUGCUCUGGGGACCACCACGCUCCUCCCUGACACCCGCUGCCUCGUGGACAACUCCAAGAGCCGGCUACCACAGCUCCUAGACUGUGACAAGGUCAAGAGCAGCUUGUACAAGCGGUGGAACUUCAUUCAGAAUGGAGCCAUAAUGAAUAAGGGCACCGGGCGCUGCCUGGAGGUGGAGAACCGGGGCUUGGCCGGCAUUGACCUCAUCCUCCGAAGCUGUACGGGACAGAGGUGGACAAUCAAGAACUCCAUCAAGUAGAUGGAAGGGACGAGGGCACAUGGAGCCCAGAGCCAGGACAGGGCCUGGUGAUCCUCAGAGCCAGCCACAUGGUGGAGAGACAGCAAGCGCCCAGAGAGUGCUCAGCGGACCUUCCAGGACUCCUUCAGGACAGCCCUGGAUAAAGAUGCUAAGUCCCUCUCAGGCAUCCAGCCUGUACACUUCAAAGAUCUCCCCUCACUCUUGUCUGGGAGACCAGGAGCUGCAUCUGCUGCAUACCAAGGGGCGAGACUGCUCUUCUCUCUGCCAUAUCAUCUCCCAUCCAGCGCCAGCAGCUGGGUCUGGCAGGGUCUCUCUCUCUCUCUUUCUCUCUCUCUCUCUCUCUCUCUCUCUCUCUCUCUCUUUCUCUCUCUCUCUCCCUCAUCUCAUUCUUUGCUGCAGCUGCUUGUGAAACUCACCCUGGCCCUCCAAGAAAUGAGGGGUGGGCAUUGGGGCUUUAACCACAUCCUGGCUCCCUCCUGGAGAAGGAGGAGGCAAUGAGACCCUGAGACUUCAUUUCUGCUGAGGAUACUUUGGCCCAGAUACCCGCUUGUAUGCCAAGGCAGUCACCACCCAGACCAUCCCAGCAAGGUGGCUUUGGGACAAGUGUUCUGGACCCCUCUGGGUUCCUCUUGAGGCUCCCUGUCUCCAUCAAAUAUGAACAGCACCUGCCUGUGUCUAGAGGGAGCCAAAUCAACUAAGCAUGCAAGAUGCUCCCAGUACCUAGUCAGUACAGCCAGGGCCAAGGUGUCCUGGUUUCAUGGAGCAGGAAGGGUCCUCUGUGCAGGACAGAAGGGCUGAAGAGUCAGCCUAGCAAAGGGCACAGGACAGGACCCUCCGCGAUGCUUAGCCCUCAGCUCAUAUUACCCCAGCUCUGCUGGCUGAUGGGGAACAGAAGCAGCAGUCUCCUCUUGUAAGAGUGAUGGCUGCUUUCCGAUUGCCCUCUGGUUAGGGUGCACUUAUAAAUCAGAGUUAAUAUAUGGAUGCGUCUGCAUGCGCGGGAAAGCGAGAGUGCGUGCCUGCCUGGGCGAUGCGUGUGACUGGGUGCCGUGUUGGUGUGCCUGAGCGUGUGAGUGUGCUAGCGCAGAAGUAGCGGUGUGGUCUUGGGCUUGUGGCUUCAUUGCUGACUGGAUGGGGACGAGGAUGCCUAGAAGUAUGGGCUGGGUGGUCCCAUGUCCCUGGAUCACUGGCCCAGAGGACGUGGCUGGGUCUUCCCUGCUAGGGUACCCCUUCUCUGAAUCCCCACCCCCAUCCACUACUGUCCUUGGCCAACUCCUGCCCAGAGCCAAAUCCUGUAGGUGCCCAGUAUGGGAUCUCAUUUGGUGGUAUCUCUAUUGGGGAUCAUUCCUCAACCCAUCUCCCCUCCUUGUGAAAUAAAUGUGUUAGCAAUUCCACAAUGCAUACGUCAGCCUCACCUGCCUUUUGGUUUUCAUAUUGGUGUUUGCUUUUGUUAUUAUUUCGCAAUUGUGGAUCAAAUCCAACUCAAGCACGCUACCAUCAAACUACAUAUCCCCAACACAUAGGCUUCAUUCUUCCCAUACCCAGUGACCGCAGGAGAAUUUCUGAGACAUAGAGUGUUUCUUUGGCUUAGAGGCAGUUAAGUUUGGUUUAAGACAAAGCCUUGCUCUAUAGACCAGGGUUAACAUCCUCUGACAAAAAGUACAUUCCGGGAGGAAAUGCGUAUGUGGCUCACAAUUCCAGGUUACAAUCCAUCAUUGCAGGGUAAUCAAAGCAGGAAUCUGCAGCAGCUAGUCACCUUUAUGUCUAGUCAAAAUCAGAGAGAAAGGAAUGUAGGUGUGUUAACUUGUGCUAAGCACAAAUUUCUCCGCUGUUAUAUAGUUCAGGACCCCCUGCCUAGGGAAUGAUGCUGCCCACAGUGGGCUGGGUCUUCCCACAUCAAUUAAGACAAUCCUCACUGACCUUCCCACCGUGCAAUCCAGUGUAGACAAUCCCUACUGAGACUGUCUUCCCAGGAUGUGUCAAGUUGACAACUGAAGCUAGUCACGUCUCUAACACGUCCGUCUGGGUUUGAUCUUACUAAAGAUAAACAAACAAACACCCUCACAGCUAGGUUUGAGACAAAGCCUGCCUACUCCUCCAACAUCUAUUCAAACCUGCAUAGAACUUGACAUUUAACCCUGGCUCACCCCCCACCCCCUUUGCUGACCUCAGGUUACGAGGUUAAGUUGUUCAGAAGGCCGUGAGUCUGGCACUGCAGACCUGGCCUGGCCACCUCACCUUUCCCUUCUAUUGCCUCCAGCAACUCCCACUGUCCUUGGUGCACACUGUGCCUCCCGCCUCCCAGGCGUUCUUAGAGAAGCUGAAUCCCACAAGAUGCCUUGGUAUGGAAAUGUUGGGUCCCAUGUCAUGACUCUUUUGUAGGAAGAAACCAGGAAGGACCAUCUUUGCUAAUGUAGAAAGACAGAGAGAGGGAGAGGGAGAAGGAAAGGGAGAGAGAGAUGGAUGUAUCGGUAAACAUAGGUAUCAGUUACCAUAUUCCUAGUGUGUUCUUUGAGAACUGGGCUCUGACUGUAGACUCAUGGAAAAUGUUUAUCCUCAGCUGUCACCUUAAGUAGCCUUGUCUCAGGGUAACUGAAGGGCAAACAGCUUGAGAACUUUGGGUUUGGGGAGCGAUGGAGAAGGGGAGGAGACAGUUGGCAGGCCAGAGACCACGCAAGCUUCAUUGGACUACUGAGGUACAAAACCUCCCGAGGUAGCAUCCGUGUGGGGAAGAAUGGCUGGUGUCCUGGAACUUCACUGCUGUGAAGCAUGGGGGCAGGGUUGCCGUGUCAUGCUGGGGUUGGUCUCUUAGGAGGUUAAUUCCCUAUGGGCAUCAGUACCCUGGCUUUAAAUCUGAGCAGUGGUCUUUGGUCCCAGGGUCCAGGAGCCGGGAUGGCCAUUCUCAUAAGCACUAUGUCAUCAACUUCCUCCCAAAGCCUGGGGUCAGCAGCCAGGUCAUCCUGUGGUUCUGCCCGAUGACACAGGUUGAAAGCCGCUGGAGGUCAAGGGAGAAAAGAGAAAUUGGUGAAGCUGGAAAAGGGGGGAGAGAACAGAAAGAUCGGCUGAAGUCGAUUUGAAUGGGAAAUGUCCCCCAGAGGUUCAUUGGUUUGAACACUUGGUCCGCAGAAGGUUCUUAAACCUCAAGAACUAAGACCUUGCCAAAUAUAUGAGCCACUGGGGACAGGCUUUGAGGGUUUUUGUUCUCACUGGUGUGUGUGACUGCGCAGAGGUCAGAGGACAGUCUGAGUGUUAGACCUGACCUUCUACCAUGCUUGAGGCAGUGCCUCUUGCUGUUCAUAUGCCAGAGUACCUGGCGUGUGAACUUGUGGGAACUCUUUUGCCUCUUCUUCCCGGCUUACUACAGAGUCCUGGGAUUACAGCCAUGUGUUACCACAACCAGUUUUACGUGGCUUUGGGGAACCCUGUACUGCAUUAGUUAUCUCCCCAGUCCUGUGAUUCCCCCCACCCCCACCCCCGACUGGGCUUCUCUGUGUAGCCCUGGCUGCCCUGAAACUCACUCCAUAGACCAGGCUGGCCUUGAACUCAGACCCUCCUGCCUCAGCCUCCCAAAUGUUGGGAUUUAAGGCAUGUGCCACCACACCCAGCUAGCCCUGCCAUUCUUAAGGUACAGACUUCCCAUCAACACUCUGCUCUUAGACUGUGGAUACAAUAUGCCCAGACCGCUCACAAUCCUGCAGCCAUCCCUUUUCUACCAUAAUGGACUAUACCCCUUCUCAAACCAUGAACCAACAUUGCUUUAUUUGUUUUGUUUUGUUUUGCUUUUUUGUUUUUGUUUUUUGAUUUUCGACACAGGGUUUCUCCGUAGCUUUUGGUUCCUGUCCUGGAACUAGCUCUUCUAGACCAGGCUGGCCUCGAACUCACAGAGAUCCGCCUGCCUCUGCCUCCCGAGUGCUGGGAUUAAAGGCGUGCGCCACCACCGCCUGGCUCCAACAUUACUUUUAAUCAGGUGCUUUGUUGUAAAGAAGGAAAGUUGGUAACACAGAGCCCUGGGGGAAUCUUUGAUCCCAAGUCCUUUGGGAAUGUGGGAAUGUCCCAGUGAUGCCAUUUUGCCCAGUAACAGCAGAGCAGCAAGCUCCAAGCAUUCAGCUCAAAGAGAGCAUGGGGUCUUUCACCAAAAACUUGUACGUGGCAUAGUUAGAGACAGCAUAUCGGUCUCUUACUGUCACCCCAUCUUGGCCUCAGAGGUGGCUAUGACAGGAGGUGUUGGGCUCCAAAUGCUUUCACUGUCCCCCUUCUUCCUCCCCACACUGACCACCCCCCCCACACACACACCCAUUCUCUUUUCUCCAAUUGAUCCCUUAAUCUCAUAAAUAGUACUUCUGAGAAAUGCCCAAGCUGUCAAAGUCUGUGCCUUUGAAUCUGUGUGUUACGUCGCAAAUGUCUUCAUUAUGGGUGUGCUUAACUCUGGAGCCUAGAAAAGGGACAACAUGAAGCUGGGCAUAGUUGACAUAUCUGUAAUCCCAGCAUUCAGGAGGCUGAGCCAGGAGGUAAGACAUGAGUUUGAGGCCAGAUAUAUUGUUAGUGCCAGGUCAGCGGGGAAUGCAUAGUGAGACCAUGUCUCAAAGCCAUGGAG